CUAGCCUGUAAACUGACCUUAUGAAGGUCACCCAUGUGUCGCUAAGGCUUGUCCAUAAAUGAUAUCACCUCUUCAAGUCUGAAGCAUUUCAGGAACCAAACAUUGACACGUUGGUGUUGGUUGAUGUACUGGAGCUCGUCAUCUGAGCAUAAUUGUACCAUCAUACAGCUGAAAAACUCAAUUCGCAAGGAUUUGACUGCGAUCAGACAACCAAUCAUAACCUAUCUGGGAAAUGGCGCGGUUUUCUACCUGCAACUACUCAUAGCUAUUUUGUCAGGCCUGAAUAAUAGUUCCAAUGGGAUAGAAACAAGCUUGCUAACAACUUUUGUUGCAUCGAACAUAAAAAAUUAGCAAUAUUUUAUCCAGUAAUUGAAUACCGAUAGUUUAAAUGCACCAGGAGUUUCGUCUACGCGACUUCAAUGCAUUAAAACCUGCCGGAGCCUCAUUUCGAUAUAGCGUGACCCUCCUGCAAGUUGAUUUAAAGAAAGACACAUUUUAUAUUUUAAACAAUUUAUUAAAGGGGAUUCACAAUGAUUUCAAUGAUGCAUGUCAACGGUUUAAGAAAUCAGAUAUUUCGUUUCAAGUGUCUGCGCAGCGCAGAAUUGUUGCAAGGCUUAAUGUACUAGUUCUUAUAUCGCAACGUGUAUUCGAAGCCAUACGCGGACUACCUCAUCUAAGAACUCCGCUUCUCCGAACAGUAUACCAUAUUUUGCGUUUACCACUUUGGCAUUACAAUCCUUCACUGCGAUGUGCAGCUUUACGUUGCCUGCGUUAUUACAUACAUGGCACUGUUGAUGUUGCACUACUUUUGGAAUGUCGUCUAGAUCUAUUGAUUGCUCGAUGUAUGGACUUGUCUUAUUAUCCCACCAACUUUAUUUCAUCAUCAAAUGAGUUGCCAGGAAAUUCUUCGGCUACCUCAAGUGUAAACAAUAAACCUCGCUCUAAAUUUUUCGUUACCACGAACCCAUCAAUAAGUACAAAAUGUGAUUCAUCUCAUCAAUUAUGUGAAGAACCGUCAAGUCAUCUGCUUUCUAGUGAUCAUAAUCAAUUCUCUGGUGUUUUAUUCAAGAGAAGGAUAAAUACUACGCGUUUCUCCCGUCCUCCUUUGUUGGAUACCGGUCGUCCUAUCAAAUCGUCUAUAGGAACCAGAAAUUCUUCGUCACCUUUCCUAUCUUCUACUGGUGAGCGCCAGAUUGUACUACAUCUGAUUUACUACCUCACUCAACUUACACCACAAUUGAUUCCUUCAAGCAUAAUUCAUGCUGUUGCUGCUCCUUGUUUAGAAAUUCAUCGUUAUUUAGUUGCUAAUUCAAAUGAAUCUAGUUAUAAAGGAGGUGGUCAUGUGGCUUCAGGUGCGGGAGUACCUGCAGUUGUACCACGUCAUAUAUCCGACAAUCGUCUCCGUCGUAUUGGAAAUUUUGGAGAAGCAAAAGUUAAAACAAGCGAUCUAAAUGAUCCGGAGUUAGAUACCACUAUUCGAGGUUGUUUGUUAAUUCUUGCUGAAUUAGUUAUUUUAGCCUUAGAACGUUUUGUUGUACGCACAAAUCCCUCAAUCGUUAAACAUUCAAAAAUUAAAUUAUCGCAUUCCAAUUAUUACUAUUAUUACCAUUACUUUUAUAACUACAAUUAUUGUCAUCAUCAUACUAGCGAUAAUCACAACAAGUCGAACCUUUUAACUGAUAAUGAAAUAAAAGAAAAUCUAUUAUUAUUUCCAUUAAUUGGACAAAUUAUCAUCCAAGCAUUGAUGACCACAUUUGUAUGCAAUAAUAAUACAAUGCAUACCUAUCAUUCGUCACGUAUUUAUGAAGCUAUUAUGCUAUCGUUGAUUACAGUUCUUAAUCAUUCAGAGUAUGCACAACUUUUACCUAAUAGUCUUAUUUCGAAAUUCUUUGUUACAUUCACAUCUCCAUCUUAUUCACUGUCUCGACCAAAAUUAUCUUUCGACAUAUAUCCUUCUUUUCCGAUAUGUGCUAGAAAUUGUCUAAUUCUUCUGCUACGUUCAUGGCCGGGUAUAUUCCACUUUAUUCAUGAUGGUCUCCCAACGUUGCAAACUCUACUGUAUGCGUUAGCUGUUGGGAAUACGGAAAUAAGAAACCAAAUAUUAAGCUUAUUAUAUGGUUUAUUUCCAACAAUACCUAUACCUCAUUCAUCUGUCAAGGAUUUAGAGCCAACCAUAUUGGGUCUUAUUGGAGCACUAUCUACUGGCUCAUGUUCUUUACUACCUGUAAUAAAUUUGUCUAGUUCAACAGGGAAAAAAAGUGAUCAUUUACUCAACGAAAUAUCUUCUUCAUAUUUGGACAGUUCUUCACGACGUCUAUUCUCAAUGUUACCAGUAAGGUUUAUUUCAUCAUCAUCGAUGUCCAGUGCUUGGGAUAUUGAAGGUGAUUUCAUUGCUGCUGAAGGUUGUCGUCUGUUAACUAAAUACGAAUCUAUUGGAAUUGAUUUAAUGAAUAAUUAUUAUGCCAUAUUACUUGCUACUUUGAUUCAAGCUGGAUUAUACGAGGCUCUGAUUCGUGCCGUUUCUGAUUCAAACCAAUUGACAUCUACUCGUGCUGGUUACCUUCUUGGUUCGUUGGCUUACAAAGUUGAAAGUUUGUUACCUCAAGAACAUCCAGCUUGUAGGCGUUUACAUCAUGCUGGAUUAUUGCAUCCAGAAACUCCGGGUAGUCAGUUAGCUGUCUUAUGGUUGGAACGAAUACAUCGCGCUAUGCAGUUGCAUGAAGCUCAACUACUUGACACAUCUAAUCUUAUUCACGUGCCAUUGCAUUCGCCUUAUCUGGAAUGUUUAGCCAAACAAUCUGGGAACAAUAUUCCUCCGACUUACUAUCCUUUAAAUCCAUUGUUACAAGAUCAGAUGGAACUUACGGAUGCAAUUCUAGAUCAGUUGAUUGCAUUGUCAAAUGUGUUAUCAUUCAAGCCGAAAUCCCAACAUGGUCGAUUUAGUCAGUGUCAAAUGACUACAUAUGAUACUAAAUCGCCGGAACUAUGGAAUUGGAAUAUUUUAACUUCAUUAGGACGUUAUUUAGCUGUAACUCGUCGUACACUUUCUUGGGAAUCAAAAUCACAUAUGAAAUUUUUAAAAGCAAUCAUGGAGUUUCUAACACCAAAUCAAACAUUCAAAACAAGUAUAUCAGAUUGCAACACUGACAAGUAUAAUAAUCCCAUGUCUCCUGCAGUAGUUUGUUCUUCUAAUCCAUGCAAAUCUAUGCGACCGCCGGAUGGUGGAUUAUUACCAGUUGAUGAACUGCUAAAUGCAAUCAGUGAUAAUAAUCGUAAUUUUAUGCUACGAUCUAACAACAUUUUUAAUGCCCAUGAUAAUACUGAUAAUUUCUUUGUAAAUUCUCGUGCGAAAAAAAUAUCUGAUCAUAAUACUAGUAAUACUAAUAAUAUCAAUGGUAAUUCUAAUACAAAUCGACUGGAUUAUUUAAUCCAUCCGAAUGCCGAUUUCAAUUUAGCUUGGCUUUCUUAUACUUGGCCUCAUGCAUCAGCUGCUGGAAUUUUGGCUGCUGGAUUAAUAACACACUUAGCAUACUAUCCUCCAGCUAGUGAACCGUUUCAAUAUUUGGACCGUUUCUUAACUAUUCUUCAUCAGUGCUUGAAAUUUAUGCUCAACAAACACGCUAACGAAUCGACAACCAGUUACAAUGAUGAUGAUAGCAGUAAUAGUACUCAUAACAAUAGUAAUAACAAAAAUAUGACAUUAACAUUCAAUUCAAAGUAUUUAGCCAAAAGUUGUGGUAGUCUAAUUCUUUUCGCCGCAUCACGAUUAACCAAUUCUGAAGUUGGCGAAUUAUGCUUGGAAAAAAGUGAUCUUUGUUUAGACUUCCAGUGUAUUUUAAUGUUUCCGAGUCAAUUGAGACAAUGUCACAAUGCGCAAACUGAAGCUCACAAUAAUGAUGAUAGUGAUGAUAAUCAUAAUCAACAAAAUGUGUUUUUAAAUCAUGCAAAAAUUAUAUUGUCUAGUUUAGACUACACGCAUUCUAAUAAAUUGAGUCGUUUGUUUUUAACCACUGCUGCUAAUGGUGGUGUGAAACCUCUACGGAUUUAUACAAUUCGUUUGAUUCGUCUUUUAUUUCGUCUGAAAUUACCAUUUCUAGCGAGUUGGUGUAUAGAUUUAGUUGUAAAACUGUGCAUGGAUUCCUCACGUAAAAUUCGUCGUUUAGCGUUAUGUUUAUUAGAAGAAUUAUGCUGGGAUCCAGUAAACGUUCAGGCUUUAUCGCAAAAUAUUCUGUGUAAUCAAAGCAAUAAUGACAAUAAUAAUAGUAAUAAUAAUGUUUGUCAAAUAAACCUUUUGACACCAUUUGCUAUUUAUUUAUUGCAUGCUAAUUCUGGUUCAGUGGGACAUAGAAUAUUUGGUAGAAUACUAUCUGUCACAACUGUAUUCGAUAAAUUGUGCAUAAAUCAUGAUAAUUGGAAACAACCAAAUGCAUCAUUUCCUCAUUUUGAUUCUAAUUGUUGUAACACAUCACAAACUUAUAAGAAUAAGAAUUCUACAAAUUCAUGUCUAUCUCAUGAUGAACGGACUAAUAGUCACAAUGAUGAUAAUAACAGUAAAUUUGUGUUAAGUGACCCAGUGAAUUGGAUGUUAGAUAUUGCAAAAAAGCAUUAUAAUGUAGCUUACGCAAACGAAAUCGACAGUCGAUUCACAUCAUUGUUUGUUACAUACGGAAAGAAACUGUUUUCAGAUACAUUCUAUCAGCCAGAAAAUUUCCCAUCUUUUGAUACCAACAUUGAAUUAUCACACACUGAUCAUGACGAUGAUAUUGAUGGUGAUGAAAAAAACAGUGAAAGACUUGAUCGACCGAGCAAUUCGGAAUUUAAUUUUGAAGACAAUUAUUUCAUUGAAGGGACUGAUGCAGUAUCCGGCACCUAUUUAUCUCUUCCGUUAGUUAAUGAUCAAUCUAUUGGUCAAGUUGUUGAUGGACAGGACAGUUUUCAUUGUCUACCACUUCCAAAACAUCUUUAUGCAUGUAUAGCAGAACAUCGUAACGGAAUGGAUUUAUUAGAUAAGAGAAAGGAUUUAGAGACCGCUCUUGCUAAUAUACGCUCUGUUUUGCCUGAAAUAAUCAAUAAUAAUAAAUGUGAAGAAACAACUACUAAUGAUUGCACUAAUUCCUUGAUAAAACUUAAAGCAGAUAUGUGGGCUUUAGCUCAUACUUGUUCAACAACUUAUGGACAAUAUUGGCUGUUAAAGCAUCCUGAACUAAUGACAUUAUUCACUAGUCUCGCUCUACACUCUAAUUCAAUGAAUAUCAGAGCAGUGGCGUGGAUGUGUUUGAAUUUAAUUGCUACACCAUCUUCAAAUCAAAUUUUUCGACAUAAUUUCCUAGGAAUAUCACAAAAAAAUCAACAAUUAAAGCCUAAUGACAUUGAAUGCAAUGAAUCUUUAUGUGAUUGGUUAUUCAUUCCUCAAAUAUUUUAUGAUAGAAAUGUAAAAACUACUGAAGAAACUAAAGAUGAAAUAAUGGCCUACUCGAAAAUACAGUCACUCAGUGGACAAGUGAUGCAAACCAAGUCGGCAGCAAAUCGACUAAUUCCUGACAUACGUUCUGUAAUUCCUCCAGCAGAAACCAAAAAUGAAAACCAUUUUCAUGGUGUACAAAAGUCUAUCAAAUCAUCAGUUCGUAGUCAAGUAUUUGAAAAUUUGAAUCGUUCACGUCGAUGGCUGCAUCGUCGUUGGUCACCUAAUCAUAGACGACUUUCUCCGCCGAUUUUUGAAUCAGGAGAGCAUUCAUCAUCUCAUUUACCAAAUCAUCACCAUCAUCAUCCUCAUUUUGUAUCAUUUGUCAAACCAAAGUAUUCAUUAAAUUCAUUUACUCAAACUACUUUAUUCAGUGAUGAAGUAUCAUCUGUCAAUGUUCCAUCUAAACAGCCUUACUCUACAUGGACACAUCGUGAUUGUAUUCCACAUCGUCAAGUUGUUUUGCCUUCAUUUACGCCGAGUCUAUCAACGCAUGCUGUUGAUCAGGACGAUGAUGAAUUGACCGAUGCAAAGCUUGACUCUGAUGAUUCCAAUACCAAAUACCUGUCACAAUCAUUGGUUCAUUUGGUACGCAAAAAUCAAAUUAUCUAUUUACCAACAGAUAUACAAAUAUUGGGCUUUAAAAAUCCUAUUAAAGAUACACAGAAAUACAAAAUGACCAAUCCGAUGAAAUCAGUUCAAUUAUCAUCACCAUCAUCAUUAUUCGAUAAUAAAGUAGACAAGUUUGUUAAACCUGUUUAUAAUGACAAUCCGCAUUGUUCGUUUGCAUCAAUGAAUUCAGUGAAUUCUUCAGACAAGAAUAAUAAAUAUUCAUCUUCUUUCAUCGAUGUUGCUGUACAUGUUCAAUCAAUGUUAUCUUUAUAUUCCAACGAUAAGUUAUCUACUUUAUCAUCGAUAUCCGAUGAACUAUCCACAGAUACUAUUGAUGAUAAUACAACAAACAAUACUACUAGAAAUACGAUUAGUGAAGUUUCACCAAUACAACAUGGUAGUUCUGACACUGAAAAUCCAUCAUAUUCAUCCAAUAUACAAACUACUAUUCAUUCAAACAUUUCGUCACAUCAAGAAAAUCGUACAAUUGACAUCACAUCAUCACUUAUGUCUGACGAGAUUCAUAGUGUUUCUACCCGACCUUCCAGUCCCUCAUCCAAUCAGAAUUGCUGUGUACUUAAAAAUCAUGAAUCGAAUAACUCACCAAAUCAUUCGGUAGAAAAACUGAAUGCAGUUAACCAUUGGCUUGUGAACGAAACACCUUCAACUGAUAGUGAUAAUUUGCACAGAUUGUCUAUUGCUGAGGCGUGUGUUGUUCCAGUUGGUGUAAAACAAUCUGCUGAUUUAUCAAUAAAUCGUCAGCAGCAUCAUCCGUCGAAGCAUACAAAUGGUCAUGACAAAAAUGAUCACAUCGGCGGGUGUACUACGGCAAAUAAAGCGAAUUUAUCAACGCAUUCAAUCUGUCUAUCGCCUAAUACAUGCCUUUCUUAUUCGUGUUCUACGACUAACAAUCAUGACAGUGAUUCACAAUCUGACAAACCGGUUACUGAACAAGAUUUGUGGUGUAAUCAACUGUUAGAUUCCAUAUCUAAUUUAUCAUCGAAUGUAUUCUCCUCUUCAUCAUCUCAUGAUAAUAAUUGUAACACAUUAGACAGAAUUAUUCAUCAGGCUAUAAUUACUCAACAAAAUUCCAAAGGUUCUAUACAACCGUUCAAUGCAUGUACAUAUACAAUAAUUGCUGAUUUACUUGGUUCCUAUCCAUUUUCACGCUCAAUUCGAACUAAAAUACAAUCAGUUUUUCUUUACUUUCAAUUAGACGAACUUAUGAUCGAUGCAAAUAAUUCGUUAAUUGAAGUUGAGAAAUAUUUGACAUCAGAUUUAAAAUUCACUGAAUAA